UUACUUAUUAAUUAGUUUUUUUGUUGAAAAGAAUGAUAAACACCACACUUGAUAUGAUAAACGCCACAUUUUUGACGAACUUAUCUUUAACAAAAACAUUCAAUGAAGAAGUUAAAACUGAAAGAUUUAAUACAGUAAAUAUAACAACCUUAAUACUAUUUUCAGUUAUUUUCUUGGUUGGUACAAUUGGUAAUGCGUUAGUACUUUACUAUUUCCAUGUAAAAGAUAGACAUUUAGGGAUGUCAACCGAAAAGCGCAGAGUUUCUGAGUUUUUGUUUAGCGUGUUAGCAAUUGUCGAUUUUUUUGCUGCUUUUUUAAACCCUAUUUUAUAUAUGUAUUGGAUUGUAACAGAUUAUAAAUGGCACUUAGGUUAUUGGAGUUGCAAAAUACUAGUUCCUUUAGGAACAGUUGCUACAACAAUGUCUGGUGGAAUUAUUGCCGUUCUAUCAUUCGAUAGGCAUCGAGCUAUUGUUUAUCCGUUAAAAAAACAUUUCAAACUUUUUCACAUAAAAAUAAGCAUUGUUUUAGUUCUGUUCUACGCUCUGGUCAUCAACGUUUAUUAUUCCAUAAACAUUUCAUUGAAUAUAAAAAAAGAAUGCUUUGUAGUUGAUCCAAGUAAGAAAGCGUAUAGUAUUCCAACAAUUAUUUACUUUUUGGUAAAUGACAUCACAUUAUUAUUUGUUAUCAAUUUUACCAAUUACCGUAUAGUAUCUAAGAGACUUGUUUUGAGCUCCUCUAGCACCCCAAUAAAAAUGCAGACCAUAAGCGAUUGCAAACGGCGGCAGAAAGAUAAUAACCGAAUUAUUCGAUUAUUAGUAGUCAUGACAAUUGUGUUUUUUAUUUUGACGCUACCAAGAGAUGUUCUUCAUUUUGUAUUCUUGAUGUCAUGGCUAAUAGGUUCAGGUAUAAAUAGAUCAAAAGAAGUACUUAACUUAAACUCUUUUUUGAAAGUUUUUAACGUAGCAAACUCUUGCGUUAAUCCAAUUAUAUUUUACGCAAUGCAUCCAGGAUUCAACAAAUUUAUUAAAAGCAUUUUUUGCAAAUCAAAAUGUCUAUUUCCGAACCGGAAAAUAAGUUUGAACGAAAUGGAAACUUUAGCUGGCAACAAAAGUGUCAUUUAUUAAAAGAAAAAUUUAACGAAAAGUUAUUUAAAAGAAAACUUUUGAAUUGAAACUUAAACAGAUUGAUGACAGAAUGACUUUUUCAUUAUUGUAUUGUUAUUGUAUCAAAGUAAAGUAUGGGACCGUUUUGAGAUUAACGUCAUACAAGUUGUGAAACACAUUUUUUUUUUAAUUAGGUUUUAUAAAUCAUUUUUUAUAGAUAGUAACGCUGUUUGAUUAACAUAUAAAUACAAAAUUAUAUUUGUAAUACUCAGUUUAAUACACUCUUGUUUUUUACAAAAUCAAGUUGUUACUUUGUUUUUAUUGUGAUUGUAUUCAGAUACAUUUUUAAAAUGUUACUUUAUACACAAUCCUUAAAG